AUGGAUAAUGCCAAGGAAGCAGUUGUUGUCCUCGGCGACUCAGAGAAGCGUCUCGAUCAUCAUUCCGUUGAUCGCGAAACUCAAUAUCGCCAGCACAGAAACCAAGCCACGUCUUUGCCACGACGAAUAUGGAAUAAGCUGGUAUCUCUCGAGGCUAUCGAACAGGAGGGCGUCCGACCUGUACCAGUCUCGGAACGCACGAACACCAGAGUCGUUGGCAUCUUUACGCUGUGGUUCACGCUGUCAACAAAUCUGCUCCCUAUCGUUACUGGAAUGGUUGGAACGCUUAGCUAUGGCCUCAGCCUGCGAAACGCAUCCCUGAUCAUCCUGCUCUUCAGUCUACUGUGUACGACUCCGACUGCAUACUUAGCAAUUCUUGGACCGAAGACCGGCAUGAGACAAAUGAUUCAGGCCAGGUUCAGCUUUGGAUACUAUCUGGUCUCGCUUCCGGUCCUUCUCAAUUUGGCUACGCUUACUGGCUUUUGUGUCAUCGAUAGUGUUGUCGGAGGCCUUGCUUUAUCUUCUGUCGAUAGCGGAAAGCUGACGCCGACCGUUGGUAUUGUGGUCAUCGGGCUUUUGGGGCUUUUGGUGUCGUUCUGCGGCUUCAAGGUCCUACAUUACUAUGAGCGCUACGCUUGGAUCCCUGCCAUGAUCGCCAUUAUCGUUGCGACUGGAUGUGGUGGAAAGCAUUUGCACAAGCAAGUUGAAACCGAGGCGCCCUCAGCAUCAACUGUCCUGUCGUUUGGAGCUCUAGUAGCAGGCUUUCUGGUACCGUGGGCUGCUUUGGCAUCCGACUUUGCUACAUAUAUGCCCCCUUGGACUCCAGCAAUCAAGGUCUUUGCGUACACUUAUGGAGGACUCUUCCUACCGACUGUACCGCUCAUGGUCCUAGGAGCUGCAAUUGGAGGGGCAGUACCAAACGUACCGUCAUGGGAAGCUGGAUACGAUUCAAAAUCCGUUGGCGGAGUUCUGGCCGCAAUGCUGAAGCCUGCUGGUGGCUUCGGCGAAUUCCUCGUUGUCGUCCUGUCGCUUACAUUAUUGGGCAACAUCGCAGCGACCAUGUAUGCGAUCACUUUGAAUUUUCAACUGCUUCUGCCCUGGCUGGUCAACAUUCCAAGAUCUCUGUUUGCCAUUGUCAUCACAGUCAUAGUGAUACCACUCUCCGUUCAGGCGGCCAAGGACUUCUUCGUAAACCUGGAGAAUUUCAUAGGCGUCAUUGGAUAUUGGUCAGCGGCAUUUGUCGCCGUGGUCGGCGUCGAGCAUAUACUCUUUCGAGGCAGUAGCAGCUCUUCUUGUGACCAUGAGUACUGGAAUGUGCCGAAAGCACUGCCCGCUGGCGUCGCUGCCGUGGCCGCUGCAGCAUGCUCUGUUGCGCUGAUUGUGCCGUGCAUGAAACAAGUAUGGUAUACCGGCCCGAUUGGAGCUAAGACGGGUGAUCUUGGGUUUGAGAUGGCCUUCGUAGUGACAGCAACACUUUAUGUACCGUUUCGCUUUGCCGAACGUAGGCUCGUUGGGAGAUAG